AUGAUGUAAAUAAACACUUGUACAUACAUAUUUUUUUCAAUCAUGUAUCGAGACAAUUUUUAUACAUUAUUAAAAUUAAAACCUUACAAAACUUACAAUUGCGUGUUCAUACACUCUUCUCAAUCAAACCUUAUAGAUUCUCGCGACAUCUGUGAAAUUGUAUACACCUAACCUUAAAGUAGCGAUGUUAAAAGAUGUCAACACACAUAAUUACUAGGUAUUUGUAGAUUAAACAUUUUAUGUUUUCAAAAAAUGACUAGCCUUUUGAAAUUCGUCUUUCGACACAGAAAUAUUGUAAAUUAUACAGAAUGCAAAAGGUUUGCUGGUCACAAUAAAUGGUCCAAUAUAAGACACAUUAAAAUGGCAAGAGAUAGUGAAAGGGCUUCUGCUCUGCAAACACUUAUCAAGAAAAUGAAAAUAGCAAUAGCAGAGGGUAAAAGUGCAAAACCUGAUGAGAAUGUAAAAUUAGCAAGACUUAUAGAUCAAGCUAAAAAGAAUUCAUUACCGAUGGCAACGAUUAAAAAUUUACUGGAAAAGAUGCAAAGCUCCAAAGCUAAAGGUCAGACCGCUGUCUUUGAAUCUAGAGGACCAUCAGGUUGCGUAGUGUUAAUACAAUUGUUGUCAGAAAAUAUAAUCCACACCAAACAACAUUUAAAUAGUCACCUUAGAAAAACAUUUUUUUCGCCCGCUGAAUUAGCUAGUGAGAACUACUAUUUAAAAAAAGGAAUCGUUUUGACAGAAGUUGAUGGGCAUGAUAUUGAUAAUGCAUUGGAUGAUGCAAUUGAGAUUGGUGCUGAAGAUGCAGAAAAAUGCAAAGAGGAAGAAAAGGAGUUUCUAAUGUUUUCAUGUCAAGCAUCCGAACUAAUGAAAGUGAGAACCAAGCUAGAAGAUUUAAAUUAUAAGAUAAUUCAAGCUGACGUUCAGUAUAUACCUCAAGUUUUUGUGGAACUGAAUGAUGAGGAUAUGGAGUUGGUUAGUAAAUUGUAUGAAAGAUUAAAUAAUGUUGAAGAAGUGGUUGGAAUAUACAGUAAUAUAUUAUAAAAUAUCAUAUUCCAAUCUGUACAUAUAUAAAUAAAUCAUUAUUUAUAACGUC